AAAGAAAAAAAGAUAGUGAAAAAGGAUGAAAACAAGAUGAAUGCACCGUUAAGUAACCUUGGAAGGAUCUGAUAGAGAACAGAAACCGUGGUGGGUGAUUGAGUCGUGAUGGAGGAAGCCGGAAUUCAAUGGUGGUGGGGUGUUGCAAGCGCAGCUCAAAUGGGAUUGGCUGUGCGUUCUUUCGCUAAAGGAUGUGCAGAAGAUUCAGCUCGCCUCAUGCCACUCAAAGCCUUCACCGUCGCCUCUCUCUUCGUCGGCAGCGCCGCCUCCGCCUCCUUCCUCCUCCUCCAAGUUAACGGCAUCAACGGGGUGGAAGAUCUCAUCAAAGCAGGUGCAAAUUUAAGAGCAAAGCUAGGUUUACCUCGACGUACACAGAAUAAAUUUGAUGAGGGGUCUUGAAUGCUUGCAAAUCAGUUCCACAUGGGCUUAAGUUAGCAAUAUCCUUGGAAUUCAUACAAAUAAAGAGUGAGCAGUUGGGAUGCAGACCAUCUUUCAUUGAUGUUAUCUUGAUUUUGGGGGUGGAGUGGGAGAAAUGAAUUGCUUUGAGAUCUUGGUAAAUUUUUAUAUGCCUUAGUGUGUGUCAAUGCAUUUUGGCACCUUUUGAAGAAUGAAAAUGCAACAUUCCUUUCGAUAGUUUGUAAAAUAUAGUUAGACAUGCCUAAUUCAUAAAUUCAUGAGCCAGUGUAAAUUUUGUAUACACAUAUAUCUUAUUGAUUUUCACCGCAUCAAAAAAUAUAUUUUUAAGUUAACUAAAAUUUAAAAGGAA